UCAUACUGCGACAUCAUCACUCAGAUAGAUGAUCAAAAUCGCUAAAAAAAAAAAGAGAUAGAUGAUCAAAAUCCAAUCAUAAUCCAUUAAUCCGACCCUUUUCCCUUCCCAAAAGAAACAACGACAACAACGUCUCAAAAAAAAAACUUGUAAUCCGAUCCGAUUUCCCGGCCGGCCUGAUUCAGUAGCGAGCGAGAGUCCUAACCUUAACCCCCUUUCGAUCUCCUCGCGCGAUCGUCUCGAUUCCGGCGCCCGCCACGCCCAGCGCACCCACCUGCGACGAUAGACUGUCGUGUGGCCACUGCUCCGGAGUACGUCUUUCGAUCGCCGGAGCCCUAAUCCCACGCAGGCAAGAGGGAGACGAUCGAAACGGGGGCAGCGUGCGAGAAGAAAAUCACCCGGGAAGAAGAGGGUCGUACAUCACCGCCGGAAUCCAGCGAUCGGGACCAGGUAAAGAUGAGUGGGUGCCUGUGGCCGUGCGCGAGCGCCAAUGCCACGACGUCGGGGAGCGGGGGUUUGUUCCGGCCCAAGGCGAAGGGUCCGGCGGAGCUGGUGCGGCGAGCUCAGGAGCUCCUCCGCUUCCUCUCCGACCACCGGGAACCUUGCGGCGGCAAGCUCGACGCCAAGCGCGAACACAAGGUGCUACGCGGCACCUCCGUAUCUAGACUAGGAAGAAGAUCCCCUGAGGCCCUGACGAACUGCAGGGCAAUGCUAAUGCACGGGAUGGCAGACCUAAGCAAGAGUAUCAGGGAGAUGAAAUUCGUUCUCUAUGGCAAUGGCGAGGCAGAGCCGGUCGCUGAAGCUUGCACACAAUUGACCAAGGAGUUCUUCAAGGAGAACGCGUUGCGUCUUGUGAUUGUUUGUCUACCGUACAUGGACUUGGAAACUCAAAAGGAUGUGACUCAAGUUAUUGCCAAUCUGCAAAGACAAAAGGUAGAUUCAAGGUUGGUUGCCUCUGAUUACUUGGAAGUUAACCAAGAUCUUUUGGAUAUAUUAUUGACCGGAUAUGAGAACAAAGAGAUUGCAAUACAUUAUAGUUCAAUGUUGAGGGAUUGCAUACGCCACCAAGUUGCUGCAAGGUAUGUAUUAUAUUCUCAGCAUAUGCAGAAAUUCUUUGAUUAUAUCCAGUUUCCAGACUUUAACCUAGCAUCUGAUGCCUUCAAGACUUUUAAGGAACUCCUGACAAGGCAUAAAUCAAGUGCCGCUGAGUUCUUCACCAAGAGCUAUGAUUGGUUCUUUUCAGAAUUUAACUCAAAACUGCUACAAUCUUCCAACUAUAUCAUCCGAAGGCAAGCUAUCCAGCUAUUGGGCGACAUUCUUCUAGAAAGAUCAAAUUCCGCUGUGAUGGUGCGCUACAUCAGUUCAAAGGAACACCUCAUAAUUCUAAUGAACCUUUUAAGGGAACAAAGCAAAGCUAUACAAGUAGAGGCGUUUCGCGUUUUCAAGUUGUUCACUGCCAAUCAGAACAAGCCGGCUGAGAUCACCGGCAUACUGCUGACAAACAAGAACAAAAUCCUCAGGUUCUUGGCAGACUUCACUCUAGACAAAGAGGAUAGGCUGUUCGAGUCUGACAAAGCCCAAGUCGCCGCCGACAUCUCUGCCAUGAAGUUGUAGAAUCGCAGGGUCGACAUGUUCUCCUCCUUUUGCUCUGUUAUAAUAUGCUCCAUAAACGGACUGCCCAGUUGAAUUAGGAUGCCUGCCUUUUUCCUUUUCUAGAUGAGUAUGAGGAUGCCUCCCCUGUUUAUUUCCUGGGCCGAGGCAAAAAGAAGUUGCUUAGUUUCAGUUGCUGAGAGUAAUCACCAUGCUGCCCGACCGAUGGUCCGAGGUGGCAAAACCAUGUACAGAAUCGCUCUAGUAGUUCGAUUGUUCAGAUUUCGAA